AUGCCUCUGACUGGUGUCAAAAAUGUUGUGCUGGUUCUCUCCGGCAAAGGAGGCGUCGGCAAAUCUUCUGUCACCCUCCAACUGGCCCUCGCCCUAUCGCUCCAGGGAAAAUCGGUCGGAAUCCUUGAUAUCGACCUAACAGGACCCUCAAUGCCACGCCUUGUAGGCCUGGAAGAUGCCAAAAUCACACAAGCACCAGGCGGCUGGCUCCCAGUCCCAGUCCAUGCGGCCGAAACAUCAGGCGAUGCCUCGGAGCCAACACAGACCCAGCGCGGAUCUCUCCGAUGCAUGUCCCUCGGCUUCCUACUUCGCGACCGCGGUGAUGCCGUCAUUUGGCGCGGACCUAAGAAGACAGCUAUGAUCCGCCAGUUCUUGUCGGAUGUCUUUUGGGGACCGACUGACUACCUUCUCAUCGAUACACCACCCGGAACGAGUGACGAACACAUUGCGCUCGCUGAGCAGUUGCUCUCCCUCUCUACAACGGACGCGGCAGCUGCUGCGCAGACUGGAUUGCCUUGGUUAUCUGGCGCGGUGCUUGUUACGACGCCACAGGCUGUUGCGACUUCUGACGUUCGCAAAGAGGCUAAUUUCUGUGUUAAGACUAAUAUUCCUGUUCUUGGGGUUAUUGAAAACAUGUCCGGAUAUGCUUGCCCGUGUUGUGGAGAGGUGAGCAAUCCGUUCUCCAGUGGUGGUGGACAGGUGAUGGCUCAGGAACUCAAGAUUCCGUUCAUGGGUAGUGUGCCCAUUGACGUGAAAUUUGGAGAGUUGGUCGAAGGAAAGAUGGAACCUGGGGAUAGUGAUGAAGAGGAGGAAAGUGACGGACAAAAUGCUCAACCAGAAGAAACUGCUGAGCCCGAUGACCGGCCUCUCGUUGAACGAUACCGGGACUGCUGGUCUUAUGCCCGAUUUGAAGGCUUUGCACAGACUAUUAUAGGUGGCAUUGAGGGAACAGCUGCGACGGCUUAA